GUAAUUAAAAAAAUAAGAGAUGGGAAAAUCAAAGAAAGGAAAGAAAGAUGUUGAUGUCAACGAAGCUAGUGAUGGUGAAAUUGAACAGCAACCACCUAAGGAUUUGUCUGAAGAAGAGGAACAAGAGACAUCUAAGAAAGCUGGAAAGAAAUCGAAGAAAAACAAAACCAAAACAAAGGUUGAAGAAUCUGAAAGUGAAACAGAUGAAACUCAAUUAAAGUCAACAGUGUUGAAACCUAAAAAGGAAUCGAAAAAAAAAUCAAAGGCAGAAGAUUCUGAUGAUGGGGAAUUGCUUCCAUCUCAGCCAAUUUCGGCUUUUGCGUUACUCCAAGGCGAUGACUCUGAUGAUGAUGUUGGCGUGGCAGUUAAAGACGAUAUCGAAGAUGAACCAGCUAAGAAACCUUCAAAACAAAAGAAAAAAUCUAAGAAAAAGGAUCAUGAUGACGAUGACGACGCACCAACAGCAACUAGUGGGAAAAAAGAAAAGAAAAAGAAGAAGAAACGUGGCGAUUCUGACGAAGACGAUUUAGAUAAAAUGUUAGCUGAAUUACAAUUGGAGUAUGAAGGAGUUAAAAAGCCAGAAGAAGUGAAAAAAGAUAAUAAGAUAAAAGAAACAGAACAGACUAUUGUUACUAAUGAAAAAGCUGAAGUUGAGCAGGAAAAAACAACAUCGAAGAAAAAGGAUAAAAAGAAAAAGAAAACUGUUGCCGAUGAAAAAGAUGAAAGUAAAUUACCGGAAACAACAGAAACAACUGCAAUACCAGAAGUGACUGAAUCAACUCCACCAGCUACAGAGGAAACAGGUGCUGGAGCUGGACCUAAGAAAAAGAAAGGUCCUGGAAAAGCUAUGGUAGCAGCAAUGCAAGAAGCUCUCAAGAAAAAGAAGGAGGAAGAAGAACGUCUUGAAAGAGAAGAGGAAGAGCGCAUAAGAUUACUGGAAGAAGCUGAAAAGAUGCGUGAAGAAGCUAAACGCUUGGAAACGGAGAAGAAGGAAAGAAAGAAACAAAAGGAAAAAGAGAAAAAAGAAAGACUUAAGGCUGAAGGAAAAUUGUUGACUGCAAAACAAAAGGCUGACAAAGCACGAGCUGAGGCUAUGAUUGAAAGUCUCAAAGCUCAAGGUGCUGCUGUUCCUGGUGCAGGAGAAAGGAGAGUUCGUCCUGGCACAAGAGUUCGUCCAUCAAAACAAAAGAAGGAAGAAGGUUCAUCAUCCAAGGAAGUAAAACCAGAACAGGAAGAAGAAGUGAAAGUUGUUGAAGAACCAGCAGUUGAAAAAGAAGUCAUUGUUGAAGAACCUCCGAAAGAAGAAGUGAAACCUGAACCAGUCGAAGAAAUAAAAGAUGCUUGGGAUGUGAGUUCAGAUGAAGAAGGAGAUGAAGAUGAAACACCACCAGAUUCUGAAGAACGAAUAAGAAAACGAGAAGCUGAAGCAGAGACAAAGCGAACGCUUGAUCAACUUCGUGCUGCUGUUGUUUGUGUUCUUGGUCAUGUCGACACAGGAAAGACGAAAAUUCUUGAUAAACUUCGACGAACAAAUGUUCAAGACGGAGAAGCUGGUGGAAUUACACAACAAAUUGGUGCCACUAAUGUUCCAAUCGAAGCUAUCAAAGAGAACACAAGGCAUUUAAGAAACAUAAAUGACGUUGUUUUCAAACUUCCAGGACUUCUAAUCAUUGACACACCCGGUCACGAAUCCUUCAGUAAUCUUCGUUCACGCGGUUCUUCUCUUUGUGACAUCGCAAUUCUUGUUGUCGAUAUUAUGCAUGGUUUAGAACCACAAACGAUUGAGUCACUUAAUUUAUUGAAGACAAGAAAAACUCCAUUUGUUGUUGCGCUCAAUAAAAUUGAUCGAUUAUAUGAUUGGAACACAAUGCCUCGUAAAGAUAUUCGUGACAUUAUCAAAGCUCAAGCAAUGAACACACAACAAGAAUUCGAUAAACGUGUAAAGGAAGUAAUUGUACAGUUUGCUGAACAAGGAAUGAAUGCAGCUUUGUUUUACGACAAUCCAGAUCCUAGAAGUUACAUCAGCAUGGUGCCAACAUCAGCUAUAUCCGGAGAAGGAAUGGGAAAUCUUCUCAUGCUUAUCGUUCAAUUCUCGCAAAAUCAACUCGCCAAACGUUUGAUGUUUUCUGAAACAUUGCAAGCAACAGUUUUAGAAGUUAAAGCUAUUCCUGGUUUAGGAACAACAAUUGAUACAAUCUUAAUAAAUGGAAAAAUGAGGGAAGGUGACACAAUGAUUUUAGCUGGAACUGAAGGUCCAAUAGUGACUCAAAUUAAAGCGUUGCUUAUGCCACAACCUAUGAAAGAGCUUAGAGUAAAAAAUGCAUACAUUGAACAUAAAGAAGUUAUUGCUGCACAAGGUGUGAAAAUUGCUGCUAAAGAACUUGAAAAGGCAAUUGCUGGAAUUAAUAUGCAAAUAGCACAAAAGGCAGAUGAAAUUGAAAUUUACAAGGACAUUGUUGCACGAGACUUAAAAUCCGUUUUACGAAGCAUCAAACUUAGCGACCAAGGAGUCUUCGUUCAAGCAUCAACACUCGGCUCUCUGGAAGCAUUGUUAGAAUUCUUAAAGACAUCAAAAAUUCCG